UUUCUUUUCUUGUUUUUUACUUUGGUUUUUUUUCUUGUCUCUGGUUAAGUAAAGAAUCUGUCUCUUGCUUUGAAUGCUACAUCACUCGAUCAUUUAAACUUUUAUCUUCUUUCUCCUUUUUUUUUUGAUGUUAAUGCAAAACCAACUCCGUGAUGUCUCAUCAUGUGUUUCUCGCCUCUGCUUUUUCUCUUUUCCCUCGACAUGAACUCAUCAGCUUGUUGUAGCAUAAACAAACGCUGAAACUAAGAAAGUUACAGAGACAUUUUGAUAACGAUGACAAAGAAUGUGUUCAGCCGAGUUGAUCUUUCGAGUUUCGUGACAGGUUCGACAGAGCACACGUGGCAACCAACAAUGUCUGCGGAGACCAACAUCCCAAGUUACUGGCUGAACUGGAGAUUCUUCCUCUGCGCGAUCUUCGUCUUAACGUCUCUGUUUCUAUCUUCUUUCUUAAUUUGGAAAUACGAAGGACCUGGAAAACGCAGGAAACGUGGAGGUGGUCAUGAUCAUGAUCAAAGAGAAGGAACAGGAGUUGUGUACGAUGAUGAAACGUGGAACACGUGUGUGAGAAGGAUUCAUCCGAACUGGCUUUUAGGUUUUCGAGUUUUCGGUUUUGUUACUCUUCUUGGACUCAUCUCUGGUAAUGCUAUUGCUGAUGGAGCUGGCAUCUUCAUCUUCUACACACAAUGGACUUUCACAUUGGUCACAAUCUACUUUGGGGUAGCAGCCUUGGUGUCCAUAAACAAAUUCAGAUCUGGUGAUAACUGUCACAACGGAGUCAGUAGUAGAGUAGAUGAAGAGCAAGGGUCGUAUAGACCUCCCAUUCAUAACGAAAACUCGAAUGUGUUUAAAGCUUCUAACGGACACGAGAGACACAAUAGGUCAACACGUCAAGUAGCUUCUACAUUGGGCUACAUCCAUCAGAUUCUUUUUCAAACUUGUGCAGGAGCUGUAUUGCUUACAGAUGGUGUGUUUUGGUUCAUCAUCUACCCUUUUCUCACUUCCAAAGAUUUCAAUCUUGACUUUUUCAUUGUGAUUAUGCACUCAGUCAACGCUGUUUUCCUCCUCGGUGAAACUUUCUUGAACUCUCUUGAUAUCAUACUUUGUGGUAUGGACCGGUGUAUUUGUUAUAUUCCAAUGGAUUGUUCAUGCUUGUGUCUCUUUCUGGUGGCCAUACCCAUUCUUGGACUUGUCAUCAUCCUACGCCCCUUUAUGGUAUGCCGCCGUUGGGUUGAUGCACGUACCGUGCUUUGGUGUCUUUGCGUUGAUCGUGAAAUUGAAGUACAUGUGGCUCUCAAAAUGUUUCUCAGAAGAACCAUAGUAACACAUAGCCUAUAUACUCGAAUGGUUGGUUAUAUUCUUGAACAGAGUUCAAAGAAAAUUUAUACACUAUCAUGUACAGAUACAGGUUCUUUCCUGCCUUCUGUAUCAAUUUUUUUUGUAAAUGACAUUCAAAGUUCCUGUUGAAGGAACAUAUAAAUCACUUAGACGGUCACCAUGAUUA